AUGUCGGGGAGCCGGCAGCCGCCCCAGCACUCCGCGGCCGGGCCUCCUCCCCCGGGGUCCUCCUCCCCUUCGGUCACCACCUCGGCCUCUUCGGCCACGGCUGCGGCGGCUCCGGGCGCAUCUUCUUCCUCCUCUUCCGCGUCGGUGGGUCUGGGGGCCCCCGCGCGGCCUGUCUUGGUGGCGGCCGCCGCCUCGGGCUCUUCCUCCAGCAGCGCGGGCCUGGCUCGCCUGGCGGGGGGAGGCCGGGCUGGGAGCGGCGGCGCAGGCAGCGCCAAUAGCAGCAGUAGCAGCAGCAGGAAGAGGCCGCUGCUGACGCCGCUCUGCAAUGGCCUCCUGAACUCCUACGAAGACAAAAGCAACGACUUCGUGUGCCCUAUCUGUUUUGAUAUGAUUGAAGAAGCAUACAUGACAAAAUGUGGACACAGCUUUUGUUAUAAAUGUAUUCAUCAAAGCCUGGAGGACAACAAUAGAUGUCCAAAAUGUAAUUAUGUUGUGGAUAACAUUGACCAUCUUUAUCCAAAUUUUUUAGUGAAUGAACUUAUUCUUAAACAGAAGCAAAGAUUUGACGAAAAGAGAUUCAAACUGGACCAUUCAGUGAGUAGCACCAAUGGUCACAGGUGGCAGAUAUUUCAAGAUUUGCUGGGAACAGAUCAAGACAACCUUGAUUUGGCCAAUGUUAACUUAAUGUUAGAACUCCUGGUCCAGAAGAAAAAACAGCUGGAAGCAGAGUCCCAUGCUGCCCAGUUACAGAUUUUGAUUGAAUUCCUGAAGGUUGCCAGGAGAAAUAAAAAGGAGCAACUGGAACAGAUCCAGAAAGAGCUGAGUGUUCUGGAAGAAGAUAUUAAACGGGUGGAGGAAAUGAGCGGCUUGUAUUCACCUGUCAGUGAAGAUAGCACUGUUCCUCAGUUUGAAGCUCCCUCACCUUCACCCAGUAGCAUUAUUGAUUCUACAGAAUACAGUCAGCCUCCAGGAUUCAGUGGCAGUUCCCAGACUAAAAAACAACCGUGGUAUAAUAGUACGUUAGCAUCAAGGCGAAAGAGGCUUACAGCUCAUUUUGAAGAUCUGGAGCAAUGCUAUUUUUCUACCAGGAUGACUCGAGUAUCAGAUGACAGCAGAACCUCAAGUCAGUUGGAUGAAUUUCAGGAGUGCCUUUCCAAAUUCACUCGCUACAAUUCUGUCCGACCGCUGGCAACGUUGUCUUACGCUAGUGACCUCUACAAUGGAUCCAGUAUAGUAUCCAGUAUUGAAUUUGACCGGGAUUGUGACUAUUUUGCCAUUGCUGGAGUGACCAAGAAGAUUAAAGUCUAUGAAUAUGGCACAGUCAUUCAGGAUGCAGUUGACAUUCAUUACCCUGAAAAUGAAAUGACAUGCAAUUCCAAAAUCAGCUGUAUCAGCUGGAGUAGUUACCAUAAAAAUCUAUUGGCCAGCAGUGACUAUGAAGGGACCGUCAUCUUGUGGGAUGGGUUCACAGGGCAGCGGUCAAAAGUCUACCAGGAGCAUGAGAAAAGAUGCUGGAGUGUAGACUUUAAUUUGAUGGAUCCUAAACUCUUGGCUUCAGGUUCUGAUGAUGCAAAAGUGAAGUUGUGGUCAACCAACCUGGACAAUUCAGUAGCAAGUAUUGAAGCCAAGGCAAAUGUGUGCUGUGUGAAAUUUAGUCCAUCAUCAAGGUAUCAUCUCGCAUUUGGUUGUGCAGAUCACUGUGUUCACUACUAUGAUCUUCGGAACACUAAACAACCAAUUAUGGUCUUCAAAGGGCAUCGCAAAGCUGUUUCAUAUGCAAAGUUUGUUAGUGGAGAGGAAAUAGUAUCUGCGUCAACAGACAGUCAGCUAAAGCUGUGGAACGUAGGGAAGCCACACUGUUUGCGUUCCUUUAAGGGUCAUAUCAAUGAGAAGAAUUUUGUAGGUUUGGCUUCUAAUGGAGACUAUAUUGCCUGUGGAAGUGAAAAUAAUUCCCUCUACCUGUACUACAAGGGCCUCUCAAAGACACUACUAACCUUCAAAUUCGAUACUGUCAAAAGUGUCUUGGAUAAGGACCGUAAGGAGGAUGAUACAAAUGAAUUUGUCAGUGCUGUGUGCUGGCGGGCACUGCCAGAUGGGGAGUCUAAUGUGCUAAUUGCUGCUAACAGCCAAGGUACAAUUAAGGUCCUGGAAUUGGUAUGAAAGGUGUUCUGUCUCUCAAGGCUUUUAAUACUUGAUCCUGCUUUCAUCUGGGAUUCUCAGUGGGGCACAGAACUGAAGCUAACUUGCUCUUCCUUCUGAGAGCAAUCAUCUUUCGAAGAGGUUUUUUUUUUUCAUUGUGGACACUCUUAGGUUUUCCUGGGACUUGGAAUUACCAGUGGAAUCAGUACCAUCAACAUUAACCCCACAGACUUUGCUGCUGCUGACUCUGUUGCUUAUCUAAUUUUUAUGAAAGGGGGGAGGAGAAAUGGUUCUUUUAAAUAAAAGCAGAUAUUGAAUAAAGAAUGAUGACACCUCAUUGAGCCACAUAUGGAAAUAAGACAUAUUUUUGUUGAUAGGCAUGAUCCCAGGUUUGCCCUUGUAGCAAGGCUAUGUUCAAGAGCUGGUUUGGAGUUAUCUCCUUGAUUACUACUACUGAGCUUUUUUCUUCAUUUCCACCAGAGACGAAGAAACUCACAUCACAACUGGAAAUCCUUGAGCAUGUGUCUUCUAGUCCGAGGCCCUCAAGUAAACUUUAUUUUAGCUCUUUGUUUUUAUUUGUGAAAUGAAUUGUGUGUUCAGGCACGUUUCCCACGAAAAAAUUGAAGCCCUUUCUACAAUCCAAUAAGCAAUGAUUAUUUUAUCCUGAUGUGAAAGGACCACUUCUCAGGACAUGCAGACAACUUGAUCUCCACCUGCUCCUUGAUGUACAUCUCUUGCCUACCAACUGAGUAAGAGUGCUGUCUGUGAUGCAAACGUGGUGAUUGGAAGCAGAUCUGACACUACUUAAUUAUUCCCUUAUAGGCCACCAAACUGUCAAUAAAUAAUGACUACUUGUCUCUUUCAUUCUGAGUAAUGCUGAAAUUGUUUGACUGGAGGCAAAAACAAGAAUGCCUAUACACACACAAUCCGAUUUGUUCACCCCUAAUGACCCCAUUCCCCAUCUGUGUCACUUGUAGAAGCCAAGCAUUUUCCGUGUUGUAAUAUACUUGGGAAGCACAUUAUGGUAGCCUUAUUUUUUAAUAAAACUGCAUACAAUUAGUUGUACCAGUGGUGAGAAUGGGGAAAUAAACUGUGAUUCCAAAUA